AUGUUCAUCACGCAGAUCCCGAAGCCCCCGGGCCUCAUCGGGACAACACUCCUCGCCUUGGCCGCCCUCACACCCUCAACUUCCGCAUCAGCAUCCACAUCCGCAAAAUGCGACCCCUCAACAUUCACAUUCCCCUCCACCCUCGGUCUCCAACACAUCAAAACAACAGCCAAUGAAGUCCACAACUAUACCGGCUUCCCGAACCGAUUCUCCGAGGCAUCUCUCUCCACAACAUCCGCCUCGACCACCGGCCACAACGAUGUAGUCAACGUGCACGUCUGGCUCCCCCUCGAGAAGAACGCUUGGAACAGGCGAUUCAUGGGCCUAGGCGGCGGUGGAUUCGUAGUCGGCGAAGUCGACGGUGACGCACCGAGCGCCGCAAUCCAGGAAGGCUACGUCGCCGCCGUUACGGACGGCGGGCAUCUGGCUAGCACUCCGCCCGAUGUCUGGGCGCUACGAAGCCCGGGAAAUCUGGAUUGGCCGCAGCUGGUCAACUUUGGAUACCGGAGUUUGCAUGAGCUCGCUGUUGUGGGCAAGGCCGUUUUGAAGGAGUAUUAUGAGGAGGAGGAGAAGUAUAGUUACUUCAAGGGGUGUUCGACGGGGGGAAGGCAGGGACUGGCUGUUGCGCAGAAGUACCCCGGGGAUUUUGACGGGGUGUUGAGUAUGUGUCCUGCGGUGGAGUUUCCUGCCAUGGUGACGUCGUUGUAUCUUGGGCAGUUGGUUAUGCGGUGGAGGGGUUAUUGGCCUUCUGGGUGUGAGUUGGGUGCUGUUGUGGCUGCUGGUGUUGAAAGUUGUGAUUUGGGGGAUGGGAAGAGGGAUGGGAUUAUUGGAAGGGUCGGGGAGUGUGGGUUUGAUGUGAGGUCGGCGGAGGGGAGGGAGUUUGCUUGUAAGGGGGCUGAUGGGAGCAAAAUCGAGGGGAGGGUUUCGAGGAAGGCGGUUGAGAUUGUUGAGGAGGUUGUGGGGGGAGUUUUGGACGAGGAGGGUACGGCGAUGUUUCCGAGUUAUGUUCCUGGGACGCAGUUUGCGGGAUUCCUUGCUAUGAUGAAUAGCGUCUGCGAGGAUGAGGCGGAUCGAACAAGGUGUAAGGGCGUGCCGUUUUCCGUGGCGGAUGAGUGGAUUCGGCUGUUUAUCGAGAAGGAUCCUACGUUUGACCCGGAGACGAUGUCGAGGGAGACGUUCCGGGAUGUUUUCCGGCGGGGCGUGGAGGAGUUUGAUUCCGUUAUCGGGACGCCUGUGCCGGAUCUGAGGAGGUUUAGGGAGCGAGGAGGGAAGGUGUUGAUGUGGCACGGCAUGGCGGACCAGGCUAUCUCUAUCAAGAUCGGACGUGGGUUGUAUGAGAAGGCAAAGGGGAUUGAGGCGAGCCGCGGGGUUGAGAUUGAAGGGUUCUGGCGGUAUUUUGAGGUUCCGGGGGUGAAUCACUGUGUUUCGAUGACCGGGGCGCCAUUUCCCUGGAGUGCGUUGAAGAAGUUGAGGUCGUGGGUUGAGAAUGGGGUUGCGCCUGGGCAGUUGGAUGCCAGGGGGUUCAAGGUGGGAGAAGAUGGGAGGGUGGUUGUUGAUGAGGAGGUUAGAAGGAUUUGUCUUUAUCCUGAGGAGGGUGUUUGGGAUGGCAAGAAAUGGGUUUGUGUUAGCCCGGGUGAGAAGAUUAGUCAGGGUGAGAAGGAGGAGCUUUGAGGUCGACGGUCUAGGGUGAUGUGCUCUUAGAGUUGGAGCAAGAUAUCAGAGCGUGGAUAUCUCAAGGGAAC